CGCACUCUGCAGCCGCUUCAGACAGCGCUCAACUCGUGUUCCUGUUGGACUUCCAACGCCGUCUGAAGGUCCGAUCCAGCUUCAGUCUUCAGGGUGCACGUGCUCGCGCCACUUAGCGGACUCCCACCAGCUAGAAGCGUCGGGAGCAGUUUGGACUAAAAACCCUGAGAAAGUUGAUUUUUACAUCAAAGAAGAGUCCAUGGCUUCCCGCGCACAGAGGAGCUGUUUAUGGAUGUUGAUUCUGGGCGCGUGCGUGUCUCUGGUGGUCGGAGCGGAAUGCGGGAAGGAGUGCGCGCUCUGCCUGUACCACGCGCGCGGACAUCAGUCUGCUCUGGCAUGCUCUCUUGAGUGUCAGGGUGUGUUGGACAGCCAGAGACUGCGUCUGUGCCAGGACUUCUUGUUUGAGGAGGAAAACGGUCUUUCUCUGGAUGCUGACCCCAGUCCACAGCAGGACCAAGAAGCAGUAGGUGCCAUGACACAUGACGAUGGUGCGGAACAAUCGCCUGAACAUCUGAUGGCAAAGAAGUAUGGUGGCUUCAUAAAACGCUAUGGUGGUUUCAUGUCUCGCCGUUCCUCCUCUCCAGAGGAAACACUAGAUGAUCUGGAAAACCAGGAUGAGGAAGAAAAUAUUCGACUUGAGAUCCUUAAGAUCAUCAGCGCAGCAGGAGAUCAUGGUGGUGAGGAGGAUAGUCAUGGAGGAGAGGUGGUGAAGAGGUAUGGAGGCUUCAUGCGUCGGGAUGAAGGAGGGGUGGCGCCGGCCGACCUGCUGAAGGCAGUGUUAGACCGAGGUCUGAAGAAGCGUUACGGAGGCUUCAUGAGGCGUGUAGGCCGGCCUGAAUGGUUGGUAGACAACAACAACAAGAAUGCGGGGAUGAUGAAAAGGGCGUGGGAGAAUGGCAGUGGGCUGCAAAAGAGGUAUGGGGGGUUCAUGGACUAGGUUGUCUGAAUUCUGACCCUCUGUCGUUUUGCCCCUCCAGUCUUCUAUUGUCAACUUUGGUGUCUGGACUUAUUGGUGUUUGAGUCAACGUCCAACCCCCUUACAGAGUACACUGCACCAUCUGGCUUUGUAAAUUGUGCUUGUGUCUACAUCAUCGUUUCAACUUGUCCUGGAAUGCUAAAAAAUAUAAACAUGAAUCAUUUUCUGGUGUUUUUGAUUUUCAUUGUAUUAUUUAUUAAAAUAUUCUGUUCAUGGAGGUGUGUUGGUGGGUUCAUUACUUCAGUUUUACCAAGAGCCUGGGUUUAUGCAUGAUAAUUUCCUACAGCUUUUACAUAUAAAUUAAACUGACAAUCACCAGGAGUUCCUAAAAACCAUAACCAAGACAGCAACAACAAUGUAUCACAACAACAAUCAAAGUAC